ACGCGCAUGCGUACUAUAUUGUAAAUAACAUUAUUAUUAUUUCGUAUUGUAUAAUAAUAAUAGUAAUAAUAUAGUUUGGUAGUGCAUUAGUGGUGCGGGUAUACUCGUGUGUUGCGUACACACACACACACCGACGUACACGAUAACGGCGCACAUUUUGCGGCGGUGGGUCGGGGCGCGGUGACAGCGGGCGAGAUAGUGGCACGAUGAUUCGUAGUCGCUAGUCACUACUCGGUACUCUCGGACUUCCUCAGUACAACUCGUUACUCACUGUGCUAGCGUACUGCGGUGUCGGUGUGUUGGGUGAGGCGCCUGUUAUCUAUAUUCUGCUCUCCCCGUGGCUCGUUUUGUUGUCACCGCCACUACAGCGGCCGGACGCGGUAUUGCGAUAAUCCGUUGGCGUUUUCACUGUAGUCCGCGUCGCUUUCCUGCGGCCACGGACCCACCCACCCACGCAACGACGACUAUGAUGCUGUUYUGACGCUGCCGAUUGGAAAACCAUCACGAUGCAAACCAUUUCGGUGAGCAAUUGCCUGCAGGAUUCGCCCAAUUUCAGGACACAGCUUGAUCGUCAUGAGUCCAAUAUUGAUUUACUGGAACAUAGGUUAGAAAAGGUUGUAAAAGUAUACAGUCUUAUGAUUGAUUCUGGGAAGACAUAUGUAAGUCAACAAUCAUUAUUUGCAAAUAGUUUGUGGGAAAUGGGACUUUGUUUCCGCGAUGACACAUCAUCCACUAAAAAUUUGAAUAAAAUAAUUCAUGCUCUUCAAGAAAUGAACAAAUUUUUAACAACUUUCCURGAUCAAGCAUCACGGACUGUUUUGAACAACUUAACAGUAUUUGUCAAAGAAGAUAUUAAAGCAAGUAAAGAAUCUAAGCAUGUAUUUGAAAAGGCAACAUAUGAGCUUGACGCUGCCCUAUUAAGAAAUUCCCAGGUAUUAAAAUCUCGUCCACACGAAGCAGAUGAACUACUAAGUCAAGUUGCAUCAGCAAGAAGCGCUUUUCGUCAUGCUGCUUUGGAUCAUGUGCAUUGUAUUACUAUGCUCUUAACUAGGAAAAAACCUGAAAUAUUUUCAACAUUAUUAUCUUAUAUUCAAGCUUGGUGUACAUAUUUUCAUCAAGGUUUUACACUAACUGAAGACUUACAAGAUUUUAUUCAAAAUCUGAACAAAGAGGUAAUUGCAAUGACUGCUGAAGCAACUGAAAUGGAAAAUCAACUGAGUGAACAUCACAAAUUGGUUGACAGUCAUGAUACAGUUAUGGUAAAUGGUGAUUGUGAAAAUGGUGUCAAGGGUAAGGAUGUGACACGCAUUGAAGGCUACCUUUACAAGCGAACAAGUAAUGCUUUCAAAACAUGGAAUAGACGAUGGUUUUACUUAAAGAAUAAUCAGUUGGCUUACCGUAAAAGAAAUGGUGAAAAUCUAUUUACAGUAAUGGAAGAUGAUUUAAGAAUUUGUUCUGUGAAGCCAGCAUAUGAUUCAGAACGAAGGUUUUGUUUUGAAGUCUUAUCUCCAACUAAAAGUCACAUUUUACAAGCUGAUUCUGAGUAUGUAUACAAGUUGUGGAUAGAAGCUCUUCAACAAGGUAUUGAAGAUGCAAUACGUAAUCGACCACAACAAAAAACUAAUCAAGAUGAUGAUGAUUCUAAUGAUUUGAAUGAACAAUUUCAAAUUCCAAAAAUUAAAAAGUCUAAAACAUUGGAUGUGCUCGUUAAAAUUCCUGGUAAUGAAAAGUGUUGCGAUUGUAAAGCACCAAAUCCAGAUUGGGCUAGCAUAAAUUUGGGUAUUACAUUAUGUAUUGAAUGUUCUGGUGUACAUCGUAGUCUUGGCGUUCAUUAUAGUAAAGUCCGUUCAUUAACACUUGAUGACUGGGAACCAGAGAUUUUGAAAGUUUUGGCUGAAGUUGGAAAUUCUGUUGUUAAUGAAGUGUAUGAAUAUAAUGUUCCUGAUACAGUUAUACGUGCUUCAGCAAAAUGUCUUGGCCCAAUUCGUGAACAAUGGAUUCGAAAUAAGUAUGUUGAUCGCUUAUUUGUAAAACCAAUACCUAAUAAUGAAUUGGUUGUGGAAGAAUAUAAUCCAAGAAAAUGGAGUGUUCGCAAAGUAAGGCGACGAGGAACCCAAUCUACGGUAAAAAAUGAGAAAAAGGAUAAUGUCAUGGUAAUUGGUGGCAACACUAGAAGCAUAUCUUUAGAUGUUAUAAGUAGCGAUGAUGAUUCUACAAUUAGUGAUGAUGGAACAGAUGUUGUAGAAGAAGAUAUAUCUACAUUGAGUCCUGAUAUGUUGCUUUACCGAGCUGCUGCUGCACAUAAUCUACCAGUAAUGUGUCAUGCAAUAGCAACUGGAGCAGACAAAAAUUGGAAGAAUCCAAAUGACAAUGGACGGACUUCACUCUUUCAAGCUAUACUCAGUGGUUCUGUGAUGGCUUGUGAGUAUUUAAUACUCAAUGCAACUGACAUAAACAUUCAAGAUGAUCAUGGUCAAACUCCUCUGUUUUUUGCUACACAAUUGGGUAAAUUUAUUAUCCUUGCUCAGCAUACAUUAUCUUUAUACAGUGUGGUUUUUCUAUAUUCUCACCCUAUUUUUAUGCUUAAGUUAUGCAUAUAUUUAAAUUCUAAUUUUUUGAAUUCUCAAAUACAUUUAAAGACAAUAUUUUCAAAUGCUUGUGUUUUUUACUGCUUAAGGGUUAUCCUGUGAUAAUAAGAAUAGGAACCCCCUCUAAAAGCGAAUACGUUUCAAUAGAUAUUUAUUUUGAGCAUUUUGACAUUCUKAAUUAAAAUUCAAGUGAGACUAGUUUUUGAGUUAUAUAACUUUGUAUAUUAGGGAUAAUAUGUUUAUAUGACGCUACACUCUUUAUAAACAGCUGGACCAAUUUUGAUGAAAUAUUUUUUUGUGUUUGAGCUGGUUCUUGGAUGUUAUAGAUUCGAUUCACAACUGAAUCCAGAACGUCCAACCCGUUGAGGUGCUCAAAUAGUAAUUUUAAGAUUUAUGAAUUUAAUGAUUUGGUUGCUAAUAAUUACAGCUUAUAUAUCAUAAUAGUAAUAGGGGAAAUAUUUAGUAGAAUUAUUAAUUUCUUUUGUAUGUAAAUGAUUAUCAUUGAGUACUCCCACAGAUGAAGUAAAUCAUGCUUCAAAUUGUGGCAUUUAUGAUUUUGAAUAAAAUAUAUAUAUAUAUCUUAAAGCAAAUAUGAGAGAUGAAUAUAAU